AUGGAGGACCAAGGAUCCAAGAGACGAAGUACACUAUUCUCAAAAUCCGAUUGGACGAUCAAACGAUCUCAAGUAGAAGUACAGGCUAUCAAAACUCUCAUCAAUCAGCCACCGCGUUCACCUCAGACCCCUAUGUAUGCGCUCCAACAGCAGCCCGGCUACCCUCUCUUCGCUGAGGCUACCUACACCCUCCAGAUCUUCGACGAACGCGGCAUGGGUGCCGGUCCCACUCCCGGACUCAUGGCACAUAGCAGUCAAAAUUCGCCUUGUCCCUCUGGCUUCCUGGACUUGCUCCACUUGUUCCGGUGCAAGGGGCUUCUUCCAUACCUCUUCCUUCAUAUCUUCGACCUCUUGCAGAGAAAUCCGAGCAAGAAACACUAG